GAUUAAUAUAUAUAUCUUUACUUUCAUCCAAUUAAAAGAUUAAUGUUUGCGUAAAUAGAUUUUUAUUUUCAUUUCAAUUUGAAUGUCCUUUCUUAGAUACAAUGUCAUCUUUACCAAAUCGCUGUUUGGUCAAAGAGCUGCAAAAUGAUAGAGAAUUAAUGUUGCCAAUUUCUGCAAUUCUCGUACGGGAUCCGGACACCGGUUUACUAACUACUGCAAGUAAAGCUGAUAUUGAAUUGCAAGUGCCGAUCUACAUGCAAUCGGGAGAAAAUGUUGUAGAAGUUAUGAUGAUCCGAUACGCUGAGACAAAGCGAGACUUGUUGAGUUAUCAAAGAUCUGCUAGUAAAAAAAGAAUUCAGAUAAGGAAAAAAUUGAGUUUAACGCCAUACGAAUCAAGAACUCGAAGCAAGAUCGUUCCGCAAAAAUCUAAUCAACGACAACUUAUCAAAGAGAGCCAAACUAAAAAAAAAUCAUUCCAAGUAUUUUUAUUGAUAUUUAUGAUCUACUGAAUAUAUUUAUUAACCUUAUAUAAAAUAUAACAUUAUUUUUAUUCCAGAAAGCGGAGAAAACGGCCCGAGCCAAGUCAGUUGUAACGAGUGACAAUGCCAUUAUGGAACUUUUGAAUGCUGACAAAGAGAACAAUAAUAUUUCCAACAAUA